AUGACUGAGAAAGACAUCAACAGACACUUCAGCUUUCAUAACACAUGUCUGCGAAGGAUAAUGAAAAUAUUCUGGACGAAAAAAAUCUCAAACAAAGACCUACAUGAGAUGAGAAACACCAAAGACAUGGAGACUUUGCUGAUACAAAAAAGAUGGAGGUGGCUUGGUGAUGUUAUACGCAAACCAUAUGAUGACACUACCAAGGUAGCACUAAGAUGGACACCAGAGGGGAAGAGAAAGAGAGGCCGACCUAAAACAACAUGGAGACGCAUCGUAGAAAAUGAGCUAAAGGAAAGAGGAUAUACAUGGGGAACAGUGGAAAGAACAGCAAACAACAAAGAAGGGUGGAGGAAACUUGUCCUUAUCCUAUGUGCAAUUAGGCAUAGCAAGGACUAA